CCGAUAUUGCCCUUGGCGAGCCGCAGCCUCUGAGCCCUCAACACCACUUGCAUGAGUAACUGACACUUCAAUGGCCGCAGCAUGAUACCAGUAAGUAUAUCUUCAUCUUUGAACGGUGUUUGUGUGGCACUUUGUCUCGAUCGAUGUACAACGCUAACCUGGUCUAGCAACGAUUUGGUCUUCAAGGCCUGCGCGCCCGACCACUGCAAUCUCGAAACCUCGUUCCUCUGCGAAAAGUCCGGUCGAAUUUACGCGCAUAUACUGCCACGGGUCAACGAUUCCAGGAUGUCUUCCAUGCGCAAACCACCGAUCCAUCCUCCUCGGCCAUCCUCUCUUCCCUCAAAUCUCCACCUCGAGUCGCCCAAACCCUGACGGAAAAGAUUGUACAGAGAUACUCGUUAGGACUACCAGAGAACAAAUUUGUGAAAGCUGGGGACUAUGUCACUCUAUCACCCCAUCACUGCAUGACACACGAUAACUCCUGGCCUGUUGCACUGAAGUUCAUGUCAAUUGGAGCCUCCAAAAUUCAUGACCCAAAACAAAUUGUGAUGACCCUCGAUCACGAUGUGCAGAACAAGACCGAGACGAAUCUCAAAAAAUAUAGUCAGAUUGAGCAAUUUGCGAAACAGCAGGGCGUCGAUUUUUAUCCAGCUGGAAGAGGAAUUGGACAUCAGAUUAUGGUUGAGGAAGGUUACGCAUGGCCAGGAACCAUGACCGUCGCAAGUGACAGCCACAGCAACAUGUAUGGAGGGGUGGGUUGCUUGGGAACGGCCAUGGUACGAACCGAUGCAGCCAGUAUAUGGGCAACGGGUAAGACCUGGUGGCAGAUUCCACCCAUCGCAAAGGUCACCCUCACCGGUGUAUUACCAAAGGGUGUGACAGGAAAGGAUGUCAUUGUUGCGCUUUGUGGAUUGUUCAACAACGAUGAAGUCCUGAACCAUGCUAUCGAAUUUACGGGAUCCGAGCAGACGAUGCGUACCUUGCCAGUCGAUGAUCGUCUAGCGAUCGCGAACAUGACCACCGAGUGGGGUGCUUUGACCGGACUUUUCCCAAUUGACUCCAUGUUACAAGCUUGGCUCAGGUCAAAAGCAACUACUUCGGCUCUUUUCGACGGAGAGAAGAAAUCUCGGUUCACACACCAGAGCAUCGAUGACUUGAUUGCAAACCAAUUGGUGGCCGAUAAAGGCGCGACAUAUGCCAAAUCACUCUACCUCAACCUCUCCACCCUGUCACCGUACGUUUCCGGUCCUAAUUCUGUAAAGGUAGCAACACCUCUUCGUGAUUUGGAAAAACAGGAUAUCAAGUUAAACAAGGCAUACUUGGUUUCAUGCACCAAUUCAAGAGCGUCGGAUCUGGCAGCAGCUGCGAAGGUUUUUAAAGAUGCUUCAAAAGAUGGCGUUCCAGCAAAGAUUGCACCAGGUGUGGAGUUUUACAUUGCAGCCGCCUCGAUACCGGAGCAAGAAGCUGCUGAAGAUGCUGGAGAUUGGCAAGCACUUUUGAAUGCGGGUGCCAAAUCCCUUCCAGCUGGCUGCGGUCCAUGUAUCGGUCUUGGAACAGGUUUACUUGAGCCAGGCGAAGUUGGUAUCAGUGCCAGCAAUCGAAAUUUCAAAGGAAGAAUGGGCUCACCUGAUGCCAAGGCAUAUCUGGCGAGUCCCGAAGUCGUUGCAGCCAGCGCUUUGAGUGGCAAGAUUAGCGGACCAGGCUGGUACGAGAAGCCGGUUGGUGUUGAAAAGGUUGUUCUUGGAGAGGGAAAUGGCAUUCCUGAUGAGGACCGUGCUAUCAGUGUGUUGGACGCACUCGAUAAAUUGAUCGUGGAUGCCGAAUCCAUUAUUGAAGGCGCAGAAUCUUCAGUCACUGGGUCAUCAUCUGACUCAUCGAGUAGAGACGAAGGGGACGAGCAGUUGACUGCCAUUCUCCCUGGGUUCCCUGAAAAGGUCGAGGGUGAGAUUGUAUUCUGUGAUGCAGACAACAUCAACACCGAUGGAAUCUACCCGGGGAAAUACACUUACCAAGACGGCGUCUCGGUUGAGAAAAUGGCAGAAGUGUGUAUGGAGAAUUACGACAAGUCGUUCGGAUCCAUCGCACGAGAAGGCGAUAUCCUCGUUUCUGGAUUCAACUUUGGCUGUGGUUCAAGUAGAGAACAAGCCGCAACCGCAAUUCUCGCCAAGAAGAUCCCACUUGUCGUAUCUGGUUCAUUCGGCAACAUCUUCAGCAGGAAUAGCAUCAAUAACGCUCUGAUGGGCGUAGAAGUCCCCAAACUCGUACAGAGACUUCGAGAAACCUUCUCCUCCACAACCGUAACUGCUAAAACCGAUGUCAAGGAACCAUCACUCAAUAGCGAGAGUCUUGAUUCUCCGCCGACCGCGUCACAAGCUAGUCCCGUGGAGGAAAAAGUGUUGACACAACGAACGGGGUGGAAGUUCGUGUGGGAUUUGAAGAGGAGUAAGGUUAUUGUCACGGAAGGAGAGGGGGGAGCCACGUGGAGUCAGAAGGUCGGCGAGUUGCCGCCGAAUGUGCAGGAGAUUAUUGCGAGGGGCGGGUUGGAAAAAUGGGUCAAGGCUGAGAUUGGGGGGAAGUCUUAGAUCUUAUAUUAGAUUUUUUAUUUUUUUGAUGAAAUUAUAAAGAUGUCAAAUGUUAUAUAUGUGUUUCUUUAUGGGGUGGGAGGUUGUGAUAUUACAGUGUUUGCCUG